AUGUCUGAUUACAAUGCAGCUAUUGGCCGCCGACAGGGCAAGGUUGACACUGAUGACAAUGGCCUUUCUCGUUACAUGCUUAAGAUUGAAACCCCCGGAGGCAUAAAGUCCGGAAAUGAACCUGAUCUGUCGCUGCAGUACUCCCAGGGGACGCCAAAUGGCAUCAUGGGAUUCAGCUGGGCGCUCGGGGGAGUAUCUAGUAUUCAUCUUGGCGCACCAAAGGUCGUCUACGAUAAAGUCAACAAGCCACCAACGAACUAUGAUUAUUAUACACCGAAGCUCAUCAUGGACGGAUUAGACUUGUUGAACAUCCAGGGAGACUAUAACGGGCCGAAUACGGUAUACACCACUGAAACGAACAAUACCGGCCUGACAGUUACUGCUUUGGGCGAGGGGAGUGGCUUUCUGGCUCAAGAUAACAUGGGCCGGAAGAUAGAAUAUGGGACAACACCUGAUAGCCGCAUCGUUUCAGCAGACAACAAGGCCAGGGAGUGGCGGGUGAAGAAACAGACAGACUACCAUGGAAAUACUAUGCUGUACAAUUACAUUAUGUCUCCCCAGCCACCAGACGCCACGAAAGAUGUCAACACAUCGUAUCUUGCAUCUAUCUACUACUGCUCCAAUAGCGUCACCAAUGCGCCGGCGACCCGCUGUGUCACUUUUGACUACCAGCCGCGUCCGGAUCUAGUUACACAAUCCAUAGAAGGAAACAUAAUCACCUGGGCGAAUCUUCUCAGCUCCAUAUCCAUCGGUGUUGUCGUGGGUGGACAACUCAAGAUCAACAGGUCCUAUUCCCUCACUUACGGGCAGUCACCAACCACGGGAGAUUCGUACCUGUUGCAAGUGGUGGAAAGUGCCCAGGGGGGCUCGGAAAGAGUCAGCCUACUUCCAUCCUCGUUCACUUACACCACCCCGGGAGUCAGCCCGGCGGAUGUGUUCAAAACUGUGCCGGCAAAUCCCUUUUCGGCUGAGAAAGUUGUCAUUGCUAUGAUUCCACUGAACAUGACGGGCAAGGCGCUCGCAGAUAUAGCUUGCAUGGCGUGGGAUCAGUCAGCCAAGACUUUAACGGUCAAAACUUAUAUGGCAGACCGAGAUGCCGAUGCCAUUCCCAGCAUCAGCUGGUCGCCAUCGGAGAAGAAUGUCCAGCUGAACAUGCCCAGGUGGGACCCAACGCAGAAGGACGCUGUGAUGCCAGACUUUCUAACGCCAGAUCUUCACGGGGACGGACGUUCAGACCUGAUUAUUCCUUUCGAAAACGACCAAGGGAAUCUUGAAUUCUUCCUUUCACAGAGUAACGGCGUUAGCUUGACAGCCAUUCAGCAGAACAAGAAGACGCCUUUCCAAUGGAAUUCAGAGUCCAAAUUCAUGGCUAUGGACAUGACUGGAACUGGGGUUGCUGAUGUAGUACAGAUAUACAAAAACGGAUCGACAAUCUCCUUUCGAAACUUUCCCGGAGUUGCAGAUAAAUCUGGAGACAUUGGACUUGGGGAUGCCGUCGAAACGAAUACGCAGAUCGCAUUCGAGAACACGAUUGAAUGGUUUCUCCUCAAACACUCGGGAACCGGGGCUGUCAGUCUUGUACGCGUCUGGCAGGAAUUUCUAACAGAAGACCCCAACCAAUACCAAAUUAAAACUAGCUCGUUCCGUUGCACCGAUGUCUUUGAUUCACGCAAGGGGUUCGAUCUGAAUAAUGUGGUUGAGUCACUUCUUGGAGGUCCUUUUGCAAAGGGAGAUCCCAAAUGGAGCGUUCUUUCUUGCGACAUCAAUGGAGACGGCACCCAGGACAUUGUCCUUGGCAAGGCUGAGUAUGCGUCACCAAACACGACGUUCACUUUUCAGGUUUCACUUGGUGACGGCUUGGGUGGAUUUGGUCAUUGCUCUAAGUUGGUCAAGACAGUAGAAGCACCGGAACCCAAAGGCGAUGGCAACUUCUCCGUUACCAACAUUAAUGGUGGACUCUAUCCCAGUCUGGCUUACAUCUUCCAGCGGAAAGAUAAUAGCAACUUCGUGUGCUUAUCGGUCGAUGGUCUCUCCGACGGAACCGUGAGCAAUGUGACGCAGUACCCCGUUACAACAGAUCCAGGAUUCGCCAAUACCCAGGUCAUCCCAGCAGACUUGAAUGGUACCGGUAUGGGUGAUUGGCUUUUUUAUAGCCUCAAUGCAGAUACCGGGCCACCGACCAUCGCCCCCGUCUACAACACAGCGCACCCGACAGAUCUUCUCUCAUCUGCCCAGGAUUCUAUGGGGCUCAUGACCACCGUUUCGUAUGGGUGUCUGUCGGACGGAGCCGUGUACAAUUCCGGAAUUGACUGGAAAUCCUACACCGACACUGAUCCUGAAAACUAUAUCGUUCAAGGUGCCCCCAAUUAUGUGGUCACGUCUUUGAAGCACACCAACAACGCAGCUACAAACUCCUUGGCUUUCGAAGUGUUGUUGCAAAAGACCUACAGACAAGCCCGCGUGAAUAGCUGUGGAAGGGGCUGGCUAGGGUUUGAGUCGAUCAAUACUACGAACGCCACUGAUAAGAUCUUGACCGUUGAACAUUACUUUCAACCGUUCCCUAAGACUGGAAUAAAGUCGCAGAUCGAGACCAAAACGUUGCAAGACGUAUUGCUAUCGUCCCAGACAACUGACUACGAUCUAGUCAAGGUUCCGACAAACGCAUGGAAUAUUUAUCACGUUAACAAAAUAUUCGACAAACUUGAGACUGGAGGAGAAAAUGGGCGAAUUCAAUUGACCCAGUUCACCACCGACGAAAAUGGCAACGUCACCACCAAGUAUUCCUCGGACAUACAAUCAGGUAUUACCGUAUUUGAGUCUUGGGAAAGAUGCACUUACGUAACUAUCAAGGGCAUCACGGGGCUGCUGACAGGCAAGAAACUCUCCUCAAAAGAAGCGAAUCAGGAUGUCAGCAAGUUUGAGGAUGGCGAUGCUACCUUGACCCAAUACACAUAUAGUACCGACACCGCUCUUUUGCAGACAGUCUUGCGCUGGUCGAGUGAUGUUGGCAAAUUCCUGGUUACCACGUUUGAGUUCGAUACAUACGGAAAUGAAACAUCCAUGAGCGACCCUGCUGGACUGAAGACUACGACGACGUACGACUCCAUGUUCAAUAACCUCCCCAUCAAACAAAUAGAAGUUGGUGAGGGCGUUUUCACGACCCAAUUUGUUGCAUAUGACCAGGCCAGCGGAAAGGUGGUGGCCAAACUCGAAACGAACGGUCGACUUGUCUGCAGCCGGGUCGACGGCUUCGGGAGAAACGUGGAGACACGCAUGAAAAGCAUUGCCCCAGGAAAGCUCACAGUCACGGGCAAGGACUUUUUUAGCCAGAAGCCAUUUCUGGCGUUCUCGACCUUUGCGGAUCAACUUAGCUCUGCAGACUGCCUCCUGGACCCGUUCCAGGAGUAUAGCUACAAUCGCUUCGAGAGCGCGGGGAAACCAUACUUGACCAAGAACACAUUGUCGUAUUUCAAUGAAGAAGAUUCUGGUCAACAUGAAGUUGUGGAAGUCCUCGACUGCACCGGGCAGAAGGUGAUGCAAAGAUCCAGGCAAGGAGUCGACCCUGCUAUUAGCCAACAAAACACUCACGUUACUUGGAAGUACUGGACCUACGAUUCGCGUGGUAAUGUCCUCUUCGAAAGCUUUCUCCUCCCAACUGCUUGGAACAACUUUGAACCCCACUACCAGCCGUCAGAUGGCACUACUUCGGUAUUUGACGAACUUGGUCGAGUCCUCAGUCAAACCCGUCCGAGCCACAACUCCUCCGAUCCGUCGUUCAAUGUCGUCUCAAGCCUACAGUACUCAAUUGGUGGCGCAACAGUGUUAGAAAACAUUAAGGGACCGGAUCCAAACAUCAACGCCAAGGACGUUGUGCUUUGGUCUGCGCCUCGUUCUUACAAGUCUAUCAAUGGCAAGGAAUAUGUGAUGGCAGCAACAAAUCAGGACGGCAUGGUCUCAGAGUUUCAAUAUGAUGUUUCCGGAAACAUGACACAGGGCCUUGAUCCCCAAGGAAACAAAGAGACGAGGCAGUACAACUCAUUCAGUCAACUUCAAGCUAUUCAGAACUGUUAUCAGAAUAUGGUCGACCCAGCAAAGCCAUCGCCGAAGUGGGCAAUGACCUACCAGUACGACGGCACCGGCCAGCUUUACCAGACAGUCAACGCGAAUGGAGAGACCAUCAAGUUCCAAAGGGAUUCCAAGGGACGUCCCAUUCAGAAAAUAGGAUUUGACGGUCGACUUCUAGUUUACAAAUACGACGUAGGUGGCGAGGAGAAUCUGUCAUCCAUGACCGUUUACCCCAAGGGACUUGACGGGCCCAUGGAAACCAAGUUAAGUUUCGAAUACGACGGGCUCGCUCGACUGAGCUCUAGGAGAUUGACUUUUAUGGAUGGGACAGAAUACGAAACCAAUUUUCAGUAUGACUGGCAGGGGCAGACGACAUUGAAGUCGUACCCCAAUGGUGCCACUAAAGAAAAUCAAUACGUCGGAGCUCUACUAUCGUAUAGUCAGCUCUAUUAUGAGCCAGUGAGCGGCCAGCGCGAGACGUGGCUCGAUGGUAGGUUUGAAUAUGUCGACGCCACUGGAAAGCCCAACAACAUAAUGGUUGGGCAGGCCAGUAUGCAGAGUGACUUCUUGCACACGUUCACGUACGACCUCCAGGCAUACCCCCUUAGUCACUCCCUCGACCAGAUGCAACCUUCCACCGGCAAGUCCAAUCCCCUUGUUCAGGAGAAGUACACUUAUAACGGAGCGGAUCAACUCGCUCAAAAUCUCAACGCCAUGAGCAACACAACUACCUUGUACAACUACGAUGGGAAGCGCCUCAAAAACUCUCAAAUUGGCACUGCAGCCGCCAAGAAUUAUGCCUAUGAUAAAGCAGGCAAUCUCUCAACGAAAGGGGACACUACGAUCACGUACACCAGUAAUGGGGCUCAUGGCGUCACUGGUAGCUCGACCGUCUUCGACAUCCUGUAUGAUAGGGCUGGGAGAAUGAUCACUAGAACGACCCAGCAGUCAGUCACGAAUUUCAACUACGACUCCUUUGGAUUGCUCGCUUCCUACACCAACAGUGCCAAAGAAGAGACAACUAUCACUUGUGGUCCCGAUGGGAAAACCGUGCGACGCGUUAUGCCUGGUAACGGAGGCUCUCUCCUCUUGGUCAGCGACGACUAUAACGAAAGAACGCAGGCGGACGGUUCGACGAUCAUCACGCUCAAGCUGUUCGGCGCCGGUACUUUGCUCGGGAGCUUUAGCAAGACCCAAGCAAAAACUUCUCCCACCGGCGGACAGAGUAUGCCGACGGCACUAUUCACCGAUAACAAGGGCAAUGUCACCCACAGAUUCAGGGGCUCUGACGCAAGUCUCCUCGAAACUAUCACCUACGACGACUUCGGAUCGCCAACAAUAACAACAAUCCAAGGCGGUGAUCCGACAUUUGACGGGACCUCAACCUAUGAGUCAAAGAGACUCGAUGAGCCCACAGGGCUGUUCGACUUUGGCUCUAGAUGGUACGAUCCCUUGGUGGGCCGCUACACCACGCCAGAUGACGUUCUAGCCGUCAAGUUCCUCGCACGAACCGACGGCCUCAACCGCCUGGCAUUUGAGAACAACGAUCCGAUCAACCAUACCGAUCCUUCUGGGCAAUGGUCCCUGUCAGCUGUUCUGGGUGCUGUGCUUGGCGCCGCCUUGGUGGUCGGCGCUAUCGCCUUGACUAUCGCCACGGGAGGCGCCGCCGCGCCUCUUGCUGCUGCGGCUGCGGGUGCUUUGGCCAGCGGCGGUAUCGCCGGGAUAACGUAUUCGUUUGAUCAUCGCAAUGAGCGGGGUGGAAAGUUCUGGGGAGGCUACGCAGCCACAGUGCUCGUGAAUGCCGCCAUUGGAGCGGCCAGCGGAGCCCUGGGCGCCGUGGCCACCCCAGCCCGCUUGGUGAGUGCCACGGGACGCCUCGGACAGGCAGCUGGGUGGUCGCUGAGCACGACGGCGGAAAAUGUCAUCGGCAGAGCGGCCAGUGUCGGCGGCCAAGUUCUAAUUGGAGCAACCGAGUCGCUGCUGCAGACAGUGGCGCACAACGCCAUAUCGAACAAGUUCUACGGCACGCACUACGGCCUUUUUGAGGGCGCAGGAAAGGCCUUCGGAACCGGUGCUGCAUCAAGCUUGCUCCCAGGUAUCUUCUCAGCUAAAGGGUACAAGGGAGAGUCUAUUGCGCAGAGUGAGGCUUACUCGCUCAAGGCUGGACUGAAAGGGGGCGCCAGCAUUGCAUUUGGCGCCGGGAAGGUAGUAGCUGAAAAAGAAGGCGUCCCGGAAAAGGCCAAGCAGUGGGUGCAGCAACGAGAACAAGAUGCAUCGAAUUGGUAUCAUCAGCAGCAAAGCCAGUUCAAGUCUUUGUCGAGCAUGGUAGGUCCCAGUGGUUUCGUUGGAUCAUUGCACAACGAGCUGCAGAUGAACCAGUCAUUUGUGAACUACGGGUGA